AUGAAUACUCUCCGGGUAUUGAAGUCUCUGGGAAGUAAAAUUGCCUACGUGGUGUGUUUCAUAUUGCUUCUUAAGCUGUACCUUACACAAGUGUAUGUGGAAGACCAGGAGUGGGCCACUCGCCCACCACGUGUCCUUCAGGCCAUAAGCCGCAGGCUCAGGGUUCUUAAGAACCCCUCAGCGGUCUCCAAACAGUACCAGCGGUUCUUGGAAUUGAGGAAAGGUUAUGAGCAUCGACUGGUUUCUGUCACUCACCCACCCUACAGGGCUCCUUCUGACUUCAUUGACAUAGGAGAGCCAAUCGGCACACUGCUAAAGUCCAUUCCUGAACAGUCCAACCGUCCACCAGGCCAGCCCAAGCUAGUGCUGUUGUGGACAAAGUUUUACGGAGUAGAACAAUGGGUGCAAGACGCCAACUUCAGAUACUGUCCCAAUGUGACACCGUGUAAAGUAACUACUAAUAAAACCGACCUGGACAAGAGUGACGCUUUGCUAAUUCAUCCACGAGACAUUGUAAACUACAGCAGGGCGUCCUUGCCGGCCUACCACCCGCCACACCAAAGGUGGGUGUACUUCAUCCAGGAACCACCCUGGGCGGUGGGCAUCAAUCUGGCGGACUUUGGGGGUGUCUUUAACUGGACAGCAACAUACAGAGACGAUGCCGACAUCGACUUCCGGUUUUCCAGUCGAGUAAAAAGCGACCAGGUUUUACCGAUGCCGGAAUAUUCCAAGAUAUUUCUGGGUGCUUUAGAAAAGAAGUCCAAGUUAGUUGCCGCCCGCAUUAGUAACUGUGACACGACCCGGACAAAGCGACUGGAAUUUAUCCAAGAACUUCAGAAAUACAUCCCGGUGGAUUUCUAUGGUAAGUGUGGUACUCUGGAGUGCCCAGGAAAAGAUACAGGAUGCAAAGACAAAAUGGAGCAGUAUAAGUUUUAUUUGGCCUUUGAAAACAGCAACUGUCGAAGCUACAUCACUGAGAAAAUAUGGCGGGCGUUGGGCGACUGGAAUGCUGUCCCUGUAGUUAUGGGUGGAUCGGAUCCACGGGACUACGCUUAUGGGAUUCCCCCGCACUCUUACAUUCACGUCGACGGGUUCGAAUCCCCCAAGCAGCUGGCUGAGUUUUUGGUGCUUCUCGAUAAGAACGUCACUCUGUAUGAGCAGUACUUCCGUUGGCACCGCACCCAUUACACAGAGACACCGCGCAGGGGCUGGUGUCAGCUGUGCGAGUCUCUGUAUGACUGGUCAUUACCGGUCAAGACCUACCGAGACUUUAAGGGCUGGUAUGAGCAGGACAGCUGUGACCCAGUCUCGGGUUUUACCUGA